CGUCGGCCAGGCUGCCGUGUGCCAGGCUGUGAAAUUUUCCUUUUCGCUUCUUGUGAUAUUUUCAAAAUACACGUGAUUACAUUUUAUCAACAAUAAUCGAUGCAGAUUUCGACUCUUCAAGUUUUGUGAAUUAGUAAAGCUUAAGAUGAUUAGUACUGUGAUUUGAUAGUGAUAGUGCAGUUUUGGAGGUAAAAUGCCCGCUUCCAUUUGCGAUCCAGUAUCAAACGCAUUGCGUUUAUCUCUUACAGCAGACGAAUCACAGAGUUCAUCAUUAUUAGACAGUAGAAUUUAUUCAUCUGCAAAAGGAGUGCUGUUGACAAAAAUUGACUUUGAAGAAUCAGGCGAUUUUCAAAGUAAUGUUCUUGACGGGUUGAAGUCUAAGUACGUGGUUAUACGACCUAAAAAACCUGUGCUAGAGAGUAAACUGCAUAAAAAGGAAGGAUCUUCUUCUAACCAGACGCAAGAUGGUAAUAAACAUGCUGAAGAGGGAUUACCAAAACCCAAAAGAAUUUUAUUUCCUGUGGAAAAAGUUCAAUUGGGAUGGCAGAAUGCAUGGGCCGCAGGAGCUGGCAUGCAGAAUGUCGGCAAUACUUGUUAUUUAAACUCAACACUGCAGGCCUUAUUUCAUGUACCAGCACUGGCUAAUUGGUUAGUGAGCGAAUCAACACAUGCUGAUAAAUGUAACCAGCAAGAAGCUUGCGUUAUAUGUGGAAUGCGUGCUUCUUUGAUGGCAACACAAAAAAGUGGAGGAGCUCCCAUAAAACCUUGGCAGGUAUAUUCUAAGUUGCGUCUGAUAUGCAGACACCUCACCCCUGGACGACAAGAAGAUGCUCAUGAAUUUUUAAGGUACUUGGUGGAAGCUAUGGAAAAAUGUUACCUAUCACGCUUUGUGAACUCUGAGAAGCUGGAGCAGUACAGCAAAGAAACUACACCUUUAAAUCAGAUUCUUGGUGGAUAUCUACGUUCAACUGUUAGGUGUUUAGCGUGUCAUCACCUUUCUACAACAUAUCAACACUUUCAGGAUCUUCUACUGGAUAUAAGGAAGCACUCAACAUUGGAUGAAGCUUUAGACUCAUUCUUCUCAAGAGAAAGAUUGGAAGACUUGGGUUAUAAGUGUGAAGCAUGCAAUAAGAAGGUAUCUGCUACAAAACAGUUUUUUAUUGAACGUGCACCAAUGGUACUAUGUAUAGCCUUGAAAAGGUUUUCCUUGACUGGAGGUAAACUCUCGAAGCAUGUCCAAUUUCGGAAAAAGAUUACACUUCAAAAAUAUAUAUAUAACAAGAAUAAUAGUCAGCAGUUGUCAUACAAACUUGUGAGCUUAGUAACUCAUCUUGGACCUUCACAAAAUUGUGGUCACUACACUGCCAUUGGACAAGCUCCUAAUAGCAACUAUUAUCAGUUUGAUGACAGUUGCGUGCGUCCUUUGCCUUUAUCGGCGGUAUUGGGCACUAAUGCAUACAUAAUGUUCUUUGAAAAAGAUAACAGUAUGGAGGACUCAUCUGUCCCUACUGCUUCUACUUCCAGUGCAGUCUAUGGACCGCAAUUACCAGACAGUAUUGGUAGAGACAAAAGUCCAUUAAAGUUAACUUUCUAUAGAAAUGAUGAAAAGAAGCCUAUAAUCCUCAACAGCACUUCAACAGAAGUGAACAAGUCUGAAAACAAACCGAUCAUUUUGAACAGCACACUGUGCAAAUCAUCAGAUUCUAAUAGUACAAACACUGAACCGUGGGUGGUCAAACAGAAUGGUGAAGUGGAAAAAGUGGUACAGGCACCGAAGAUGUCAAACGGCGUGGAUAGAUCCAAUUUCAAAUUGGACGAAGAUAAGAAGAUCACUUUUAUAAUAAAGAGACAGAUCAGCGAGGAUAGUCACACGAAGACGAAGCUCGCGAGGGUCGAAUCGGAGUUGAGGCCGAAUACGGUGCAGAAAACAAUCGUCGCUUCUAGUAAACUAGUAAGGCCGCCGAAGUCACCUCUGGAGAAGUUGGAGGAGCAAAUGAACAAGAGCGGCGACGCGGGUGGUUCGUCGCAAAGGUUGGUUUCGAACGGGUGCUCGGGGUCUCGGCUGGUGCCGUACGACUCGGAGUCGAGCGGAGACGAGCGAGACAGAGAGAGGCUGCAGCCCGCGCGCCGUCCCGCUUCAGCGCAGGGGCCGGUCCUCACCACCAAGGGCAUGCACCACGCCUGGACUGUCUCCAACGAGAACAGCGCACCCCUCCUCAGCCCCAGUUUAAACGGUGUCACCAAUAAAAAAGUGAAGGAGAAAGAGGAACGGGGAGAAAACGAGCAGAGCCCUAAUACCAGCGUUAGCAGCAUGUCUCCACUGAGCGAACACAGUGAAGGGACGCGAGCGCCCGCCAUGUUACCGGGACCGGCGUCCAGGCAUCUGCUGUCCCUUUCGCACCGCGGCUACGGUGCGCCCGUGUCCUCGUGGAACGGGAGCCACAGCGUGCUCUCGCGCCAGGUGUUUGAAGAAAAGCGCGAAGAACGAAAGCGCGCAAUGGAAGCAGUCGACGACAUGGACCGCGGUCGCAAUAAGAAAGUGAAAAAGUUCCACCACUACAAUCGUUUCAACAACAACAGGAAUGGAUAUAAUCCUUUCCAGGAGAAACAGAACAAGCCUCACUGGGGAGGCAACUUUAAGUACCGCGGCGAUCGACGGCCGCCGCACCACUUCAACAAACAUCACAACAAUAAGUACAAUAAGAGAUUUAACAGAUACAACAAUGGGCAUCAUUAUCCGAGACACCAUUGACCCCAGCC